AUGAGGGAGAACAGAAAUGAGAACGGAAUAUCAGUGAAGAGCGUGCGCAUACUCACACAUGUAAAUGCAUUAAUAUUUUCUCUUUUUUCAGAAACUCAAAAAACAAGGAAUCCCCAUGACGAAGGCAUCCCCAUUACCGCCGAGAAGAUUGCAACCUUGGUGAAAGCUGCCAACGUCCCCGUCGAGCCUUACUGGCCUGGCCUGUUCACCAAGCUCGCUAAGAAGAAAAACAUUGAAGAUCUUAUCCUGAAUUCUGGUGCUGGUGGUGCUGUUGCCGCUCCUGCCCCAGGUGUACGAGAUGCUACGGAGGAUAAGAAGGAGGAACCUGAGGAAGAGAGUGACCACCAGUGGUGA